AUGGAUGGUACAUUCAAAUCUUGUCCAUCACCAUUUGCACGGGUAUAUUCCAUUCACGCAUUAUCGCCGAUUUUGAAAGGUACAAUUCCAGCACUUUAUACACUAUUACCAGAUAAAACGGAAACAUGGAUAGACAACAGCGAAGCAAUGUUUGAGAAAAGAUGUACUUCUGCGUUGAAAUGCAUCUCCAAAAUCAAACAUCCAGUAGAUUUAGCAUUUAGUGCGAGAGUAUUCAAUAGUUUUAUACCUUCAGCAAUGUCAACUGGUGAUCCAUUCGAUUGUAAUGAAUGGAAAAAGAUUAAAUCACCAAUUGAUCCGUCCGUAAUAGCUGGACAAAAAACUGAAAUUUGA